GCGGAUGACCACUCAGCGCCUGGCAAUAGUUCAGAAGCAGGGGAAAAGAAGUAAAAAAAUAAUAAUAAUAAGUUCAGUAAUUGUCAUCAGAAACAGUCCAGCAAUAUAUUAAUUCGACUAAGUUUAGCUAUGUCUUCUGUUGCCGGCUCAGGAUCUGCGACGCCUGCAGCGGGUUCUACUCGCAGGGGCUCUUCCGCAGGUCCUCCCGCAGGUUCUGGCGGAGGUUCUGCGGCAGAAUCGUUAGCCACCCGGUUCGAGCGGAUUGAAAAUGCGGGAUUGUAUGGAUUUACCGACUACGAAGCCAGCGGUUUCCACCACGCCGCGCCAUACUUCCUCCACCUCUAUACACAAUUAAUACAGCUUAUUGGCGAGACUACCGCGGAAAUGCACAAGGCAGGUGGCGAGAACGAGAAGGAUCUAUUCAAUAGAGGGGUCACGUUUCUUGAGACAUGCCACGAGUUUGUAAGGGAUAAUGCCGCAGACCUGAUGAAGUUCAAGGAAUUCCACUACAAGUUAUGGGUUCGCCUCGAAGACUUCAGCUCCCACGGGUGGACCUCUUACGACGGCCGUAUCUCAAGACACAUCACGAGAAUAGCACUUUUACUUGGGAGAAACACACCCCCACCAGCUCAAUCAUGGGAAGGAGAUACAUUGCCUUCCCAUAGAAGGUUCCUCAGGGCAUACGACAAAUUUAUGAAGCUGGAUAAUAGACCUCUUCGGAAUGACCAAGAUCGCCGCACGCUCAUGAUGUUUUCACAAGAUAUUCUUAAUCAGGCGUUGCUAGGUCUUCGUAUGCCUCGGGUAUAUCUAGAUAUACAAACAGAACUGUUCCGCGAAGGUGCCCGUCCUACAUACAUAGAUUUCCCAUACGGGUCAGACGAGUGGCUGUACGGGUUAGGCAAACGACCGGGAGUGUUGGAACUUAGGCGCAAGAUUGGCGGUCCGCUUACCCCUGAGCAAGAAGAGAGGAUAAAGGAAGCUAAGGCGUACAAAGAGCCCAAAGUUCCCAAAGUUCCCAAAGAGCCCACAGAGCCCAAACAGUCCACAACAAACUCCAAAAAACGACCCGCACCAGUUGAGCCAAUAGAAAUCCAACCGGGUCCCAAGCGGCCGCGCAUCAGCGAUAAGUACACCAUAACCAUAGACAACGUUGAAGCCGACCUCCAAGACAUUUACUACACCGCAGCCUUCUUAAACAUAACCGAGGGGCCCAAUGUCGAAAGACUUCUUAACCCCACCGUCGGGAACCGGGAAGAGACUUUGGUUGCCUACAAACCCGAAUUCAGUAAGGUACUGAGGCAGUAUCGGUUAAACCUCUUCAGACCGGAGGAUCCUCCGGCAAGGCAGCAGCAACGGGACCUGCUCCUCCGGCAAAUGGACAACGAAAUCCCGCGCCUGCGAGCAGAGAUACACAAGAGGAGCGACAUGGUUACCAGCGCCGUCAAGCUGAAGGAAGCCAGGGUGGCAGCUUUCGCCCUCAAAUUCAUCCGGACGCUGUACAUGAAAUUGCUGCUAGCCUCAGACCCGCCACCAUCCACGCAACGGAUGCGCCAGGCCCUGAGGGAUCGUCUCGACGACUGGAUACUCCACGAGCAGGCCUGGAACGCCGCCGACGAGAGGGCCAUCAAGAACCCCCGCACGGCAGACUCGAGGAAGGUCUGGCUGAUGCGGUACGUCGACUCCAGGAACGAAAACAUCGAGCGGUGGUGGACUCUGCGGGACCAACUCGACGGACGGAUCAGGGACGAAGACAUCCGCCAAGAAGUCGAGGCGCUGAGCGAGAGCUCCGAGGAAGAACAGGAAGGAGAAGAACCCGUCCCUGCCCCGGCCCCGGCGGAAGGAAAGAAACCGGAAGAAAAGCAGCCGGUUGAAGGCGAGGCAGGCAAGCCAGCCGAAGAACCCGAAGAAAAAGCCGAAGAGCCCGAAAAACCACCGCCGUUCUACUGGCUUCACCCGCGGAAGCCGACGGAGCCGGUGUUCGCGGACGAGCGGGCGGAGCGGCGGCGGGAAGAGCGCUUCCGGGCGCGCUGCCGCGAGGAGCUGCUGGGGCCGCCGGAGCCGGGGCAGUCGUACCUCGACCUGGAGCGGUACCGGCUGGAAGACGAGGCCAGCGCGAAGCUGGCGGCGGCGUUCCCGGAGCACGGGGGGCCCCCGGGCUUCGAGUCGAUCCCGCGCGAUACCGUGUACGACAAGAUCAUGUACAUGCUGGUGCUGUCGCAUUGGCGGUACUUCAUGGGCAUUACGCUGUAUUGAUCUUGUGAUGUAAAUAAAUCGAUACCUGCUUAUCGGCUAGAGGCUAGGUACCUAACUUACACCUCACCUACAUACCUAUUGACCUAUCGUAAUAAACCGUCUGCAUAUCUGGGGGAGUUAGUUUAGUGAGGUACCUGCCAGUCGUGUAAAAGACAUCUCGUCUCUCAUCUCUACAUAGUUCCAUAUUUUACGCCUGUCGUAGCUGCUGCUACGUCUAGAAUGAUAUCAGAGUGUUAUUAGCUAGAGCAGUAUGAUACUCAUUAUUAAUUACCUACCUAGGUAGUAUAUGAGGUUAUGUACAUGUAACAUUACCCCCUUUAGACAGAAAUGAUAAGCGGCGACGCUAAGUGAGUGAGUGA